UGUUCUCUGUUUUUUUUUUCGAGUAAAAUUAAAGCAAAACAGAUUAGAAUGUAGAAUAGGAUUAUUACGGGCGAACAAGAUACUUCGCUCCCCAUGUCUGGGCAUCUGCCCGAGGAAACUGCGAUCCUUGCGCUCCCUUCUAACACCCCUUCAUCCUGUGUGUCGUAACCAGACGUUUCACGGCCGUGUCCAGCCCUUCCAGCUCGUAUCGUCACAAUCACACGCCUCGCCGUUUCUGCCUCAGGUCUGGUGUGGUCGUUAGCUGGAAACUGAAUGUCAUCUAAACAAUCGAUAUCCGAGUCUCUAUUACUACAGAUAGUCUUCUAGUGGAAUAGAAUGUGAUUUUUAUUCCACUUGUUGUGGUUGUACACGAUCUAGUUGAUUCCGACUUGAAUUCUAUCGUUAUUACCCCGAUCUAAAAUGAGUGCAUGGAUGCGUGUCAUGUUCAAUUAGGGAAACUCAAGGGCGUAAUUUGUUCCACAGAUGCACACUUAUCAACUAAUUCGCUUCAUUGUAUUGUCGGUGAUGCUUUAAGUACAUUUUGAUUUGGAUCAGUACCAGAAAAUUGCAAGGACUCAUGGCGAGGAUAAAACCUCAAGCUCUCCUGCUGCAGAGCAAAAAGAAGAAGGGCCCAAGCCGUACUAGUGCUGCAACAAUUGUUAUGUACACACUCAUUGUUGCCGUAAUGGUUUUUUUUCUGUUUGCCACAUACAGGCACUGGUCGAGAAGGUCCAUGCUCCAAACAGAUGCAGGUGAGGGCGAAAGUUUGUUUGCAGGACAGAAGAAAUCUGAUUUUGCCAAAUAUGCUCUCAUACAUACCACAAAAGGCAUGAUAACUGCUGAGCUUCAUAAGGACAGUUCUUCCGAAGUUGUUGACGAAUUUAUUGAUUUGUGCGGAAAGGGACACUUUAAUGGGAUGCAACUUAUCCAAGUUGUUAAAAACUUUUUUAUUCACGGAAGUAAGGUUGAAAGACAGGAAACUACAGAAGAAUGGACGUCAAGGGUAAAAAGUUAUGCUCACCUUGACACAAGCCUGAAGCAUGAAGCAUUUAUGAUUGGUACAUCCAAGGCAAAAUAUGAGGUUGGAGGAUUUGAUAUAUUUAUAACAACUGCUCCAAUUCCUGAUCUGGGUGAAAAGGUUUUGGUAUUUGGGCGUGUCAUCAGGGGUGAAGAUGUUGUUCAGGAGAUUGAGGAAGUGGAUACAGAUAAUCAUUAUCGCCCCAAAACUGUUGUAGAGAUUACUGGAAUUACUGUCAAACAGAACCUUUGAUGGCUGUGAUGAGAGCCCAUCAACACCCCCCUUCCCCCACCACACUUGUAUGUGCAGGACAUAUCUGCAAUUGUACCAGUUUUUUUUGCCUGUAAUUUGCUCAAUUUUGCCUGUUGUGUUUUCGGGUAGCAUUAUGCACCUGGUAAGUAUGCUCCAUCUUUUGUUUUUUUACACUUUAGUUGUGACAUGUUGAAUUUUACACUAGUCAAAUGCUCUAUUUUGGCAACACUAGUCAAUGUACCUUUAAUUUAUUGAUGUAUGAGAAUUAUAUUGAAAAGUAUUGUUGAAUUCUAUCUCAUUAGAAUCUGAUUAAAUAUAUAAUCUGAUUUUAA